AAAAAAAAAGGGGAAAUGACGUCGGCGCCGUCGGUCGACGGGAUGCGUACCGAGAAGAUGAGCCAACAUCGGAGACGCUUCUCGUUGCAAACGUCGGUCAAUUUCAUCAACAAGAUGGGCAGGAAAUGGAGCAUCGGUAGUAGCCAGCACAGUGGCCAAUCGUCGCACUCUUCCUCGUGGACGGGAAGUCUGAACAAUUUGAGCGACCCUGACGUCGGCGGCAGGCCGUUCAAAUUUGGCGCCGAUGGGCAGAUGGAGGAGCGCGCCGGCCGCAGUCGAUGGCGCAAACCGGCCGCGGUCAGUGCUCACGCCAGCGAGGAGGAACUCAAUCGAAGGUUUGCCGACUUCGACACGUACUGCGGCGGCGGCUUCGACGACGGGCCGGCUCCUGGAGCCGGCCGGCCUGCGCCCGUGCUGCCAGUCAUUUUGCUCCAGUCGGCCGACGAGGACAAGGAGGAGGACAAUCAACAGGCCGGCCGGCAGCGUUCGCGCUCCGAGACGAGGCCGCCUUCGCACAUCUCGCGAUUGCUCAAGUUUCAUCGACGUCGGCCCAGUCAGACGGAGAACUCGAUAUCGCCGACGUCCGUCGCUCAGUCGCUGGAAUUCCCCAUGCCGUACGAGAGACGCGGCUCGUUCCAGAGCUCGUCGACGUUGGGCGUCGCUACGCCCGUCCUCAGGUGUUCGCUGGAACAGCUGCCGGAAGGCGUUCAAGUCCACCACGCGACGCGGACGUGCAGCCCGUCACCGGAGCCUUUGAACGGCCCGUCUUUGUCCGUCCCUAUCAACCAGACGGAAGAGCUGCCGGACAAGCUCGGAUUCAAGUCGACGUUCCGCGAUCGGUCGGCCACCUUCUCUUCGACGGACGGCCUCGAUCGAAGGCAUCCGUCUUCGGAAUUGACGCGUCCCUUGCCGAGGGAGCGCAGCGUCUCGUUUUCGGCUACGCAGGCCGGCAGUCCGUCCGCGUCACGUACGCCGGCCGACGAUCGCACGAAAAAACGUCGUAGUUUGGGUUAUCUGUUUUGGCCGCCGUCGGCCUUGUUUAGUCGUAGCAGGACCAAGAGUCGGAGCGUGGAUCAGAGUUUGGCGGCUGCUUUCGACGUGGACGUGAUUGGCGGACUGAGCCGUUUAGCCGGAUCCGCUUUGGGGAGUAGUACCGACAGUGGCGGAGGAGGACGUCCUGGUAGCCCGGUCGGUGAGAGACGAUCCAGCGGAAGCGGCGGCAGCAAUAGCCGCCUGGCAGAGGACACGCUGGCCUACACAGUGCAGAGCAACGACACGCUGACAAGCUUGGCCGCCCGCUUCGACACCACCCCGUCGGAGCUGGUCGCCAUCAAUAAGCUCCAUUCGCGGCUCAUUUUCCCCGGACAGGUACUGCUAGUGCCGCGCAAAGAUGGCGACGCGAGCAGAGGAGCGGAUGCCGAUGGAACUGGAACGUCCGCCACGGGCGGCGAAUGCGGCCCCGUCGGACCGCACAUGUCGCUGAACGUGUCCAUCAGGUCGUCGAGUAAUACCAAUAUCAACGAAAUCGGUCGUGACAGCAAUGGCGGCUAUGCGUCACCGACAUCAGAGCGGCCCAUCGAGCACGCGUUCCUGGACAGCUUACGACCUCCCGGAUCGCCGCGUUUCAACCGAGUGGAUUUGUCUUUUACGAGCCCAAACAGCGGAGCCGGACAGACGGGCGCUUGCGCCUCCGAUUUGGCCAACAUCGAACGUGAAAUCAACAACGAAGACAUCCUGACGCAGAUGGACGAGGAGGCCGAACGUUUGAGGGAUCGCAGCGCUUACGAGAAGUUUCUCAAGAUUCACGUCCGGCACAUCACGGAUGGCCAAGGAGUUGUGGCCGGCGUCCUACUCGUCACGCCCAACACGGUCAUGUUUGAUCCGAACGUGUCUGAUCCGCUCGUCAUCGAGCACGGCGCAGAGGCCUACGGUGUCAUCGCGCCCAUGGAAUUCGUUGUCAACGCUGCCCUCUAUCCGGACAUUGCUCACAUGCGGCUGGCCGACUCACACAGGGGCCAGCCUGACCAGCCCAUCACCGACCCUAUUUACUUCCCGACCAAUUGCCCAUUGCACCGCAAGUACGCCCUCCUCAAGGAGAGGGCCCACCUCAAACAGAAAGAGACGUCCAAUCCAUUGGCCGUCGAUCUCGAUCCAGCCGCCGGAAUACUCGCCAUUGCCGGUGACAUUCAACGUCGAUGGAGUGAAGGAGAAGACGCCCGAGGCCAGGAUGAAAGCCAGGCGACAGCUCAAGGGGAUGCUUUGGCGGAGGCGGCCGCAUCUUCAGUGCCGGCCACGUUACAGCCCGUACGACACGACGAAGCAGCCGAAACGAGAACGAGCUCUAUGAGCAUUGAUAGUGUGGACGGUGCUGUUGUGACCGUCACCUCUAAACCUGUUUGUCCAAUCAUUCCGCCGCUGUCGGUGGUCGAAGCCGCCCAUCAGAGCGGCCACGUCAUUCGCCUCCACGUUAAAAAUGAAACUUUAAUUCCAGCCAGCGUUGGCGAUGGCUCGGCCAGUGGGCCACGUAAAGAAGAAUUGGAUCUCGUUGACAAAUCAUCGCUCUCCAGCGAUAAUUCGCUGGUCAGUGGCAUGCGGGAGACCUCGUCGAUGGACAAGACACCCAGUGGCGAACGCGAAGACGAAUUGUGCAUCUCGGAGGAGCUCAACGUCACCGACGAUGAUGAUAAAGACGAGGCGUUCCACUCUUCCACCGGAUCUGGUUACGAACAAGCCAUCAACGAAGCCAUGAUGGAUGAGACCGAAUAUCGAGCUCGUCAUUUUAGCGCCGGAGCAUCGGCCAUGGGUCCCCAUCAAAGUGGUGCGGCCCGCAGCCGAGCGAUGCACUCGAGUUUCCAUCGCCAGACUCGACACGGUUCCGGAUCUGAACCUAUCGCUGCCAGCCGCCCUCAGUCGAGUUCUCCAGCACCGAUUGCAUCAUCACCCGAAACCCGUGGACAACGAAUGCUGAAACGCUUGUCUUACCCGCUCGUGUGGAUGGGCGAGAGUCUGACGGCCGAUUCGAAAGAAAACAGUCCAGUCUUGGUCGCUGAUAAAGACCCCAACGCCGAGUCUGUCUUUUCCAAAGUGUUUUCCAGUAAUCACAGCGACCAGUCGGUGGACUUGAGCUGCGACAAUUCGAUGGCGAGCCAAACCACCGACGACAGUUGGGUCGUUGCCGACUUGAUGGAACACACGGAACGUUCGGCUAUUCUGGUGGCCGCCGCAGCCGCCAUCGCCAUUGGAACCAUCGACGGCGCGAGGAGACUGUCGACGGAGAACAGUUUGAAAUUGGACAGCCGUUUGGUGCCGAAUUUGUUCCGCGGAAGCAAGGACCAAGGUCAGCAGCAACAGCAGCAGCAGCAACAACAACAACAGCAGCAUCAUCCGAAUGCAAGUGGCCAAUCAUCUGGUGGUGGUGCUCAACCCAAACUUGGCUACAGGAGCAUGGUGUCGGUCGAUGACGUACCCGAAUUAUUUGCCUCGCUAGACAUCCUGCACUCGCCGUACUUCGAACUUAACUUUAUGGAAUUGAUUCCCAAGCCGGCGCAGCCGUGUGAUGCGCCUCCUCUCUACUUGCGACUGAGAAUGGGCAAACCGCUGAACCGCAAGGGAGCCAUGACCACACCCAUCAUGUCCUACGGAAAGAAGAAGAUGAAGCCCGAAUACUGGUUCAGCAUCCCCAGAGACAAGGCGGACAGUUUGUGCCGUUUUUUCUUGCUCUGGUCGCCGGACGUGUACGGCGAGCCGGGCGAUGCCGAGAGCGUGGCCAAGCGAGGUUUCGAGCUGAUCACGGACGAUCUCGAGUGGGAGGAGCCGAGUCCCGUACGAAGGCAGAAACCUGUCAAGAAAACCAAGGGCUCGAGCGGUGGCAAAAGGAGUGGCGAACAUGACGUCAAUGAAGAUGAAGACGACCCGCACGGAGUCGCCUCAGAUCUGGCCAAAGAAUCUUGGGAGCGUGCCAAAGCCCCCUAUGUCCGCUUGUUCACCAUACUAAAGACGCAAGCUACGCUCUUCGAGAGCGACCAGGAUGAGAUCGUUUCACUGAACGAAGAAGUACGUAGGGCGUUGUACGGCUCUGAACGUUUGAGCGCCCUGGAUCUGGACUCGUACCUACCGGAUUUGAUCGGCCCCACAGAAGUGCUUACCGAUGAAUAUCGCAAACAGCUGGCCAAACACUUGCCUGCCCGCGUAGAAGGGUACCCAUGGACGUUGGUUUUCAGCACGUCUCAGAACGGUUUCAGUCUCAAUUCGUUGUACCGUAAAAUGAUCGGCAUCGAUAGUCCCAUUCUACUGGUGAUAGAAGAUACGCAAGGGAAUGUUUUUGGCGCCAUCACGUCGUGCGAAAUUCGUGUCAGCGAGUCAUUUUACGGCACGGGCGAGUCGCUCCUUUUCGUCAUCAACCCAAAAUUACAAAUUUAUCCGUGGACGGGCGACAACUCUUACUUUAUUCAAGGCAACAACGAAAGCUUGGCCAUCGGAGCUGGAGAUGGUCGUUUUGGAUUAUGGCUGGACGGCGACCUGAACCAGGGACGCACGCAGACGUGUAAAACUUUCGGCAACGAUCCGCUCAGUCCGGACGAAGACUUUUGGGUCAAGACGCUCGAAUGCUGGGCGUUCAUGUAAAAGGCGUUCACUUGGUUGUUGAUUGUACUCUUAAAUCUCUCUCUCUCUCUCUCUUUCUCUCUCUGUCUCUAUCUAUCUGUUCUCACUCACACACUCACAGACAUACACACAUACACACACACUCAUCCCUCACGUAAACACCAAUGUAACACAAGACCUUCCCCGUUUGUUUUUGAAUUCCCUUCCCCUUUCUACCUCCUCCCUUUAUCUGCCCCACCUUCCGUAACCUGCAUCACUUAUCCCUCGCGCCAAAAUAAAUAUCUUAGCUCUAUAUAUAUAUAUAUUCUAACCAAUGAUAGAAGAAGAAAAAACAAAAAAAGAAAAACAAAGAAAAAAAAAAAGAAAAAGCACAUCAAGAUAUUUAUCUUGUAUUGUUGUUCGUUAGUGAGAGCGGUUUCGUUGCGAUUCGCUCUGUACGUCAUUUUUUUUUAAGAAACCGUGUGCGUGUUAAUAAAUACAGCUCUAGAAUGAGAGCCGAAUCGGCGCCCAA